AUGGAGAAGAGAGUGGUUCUGAUCACUGGAUGCUCUUCAGGAAUUGGCCUGGGUUUAGCUGUACUUCUCGCCUCAGACUCCCACCAGAGAUUUAAAGUCUAUGCCACUAUGCGUGACCUUUCUAAGAAAGAACAACUACUGGAGUGUGUACGUGACUGCCAUGUUGACACCUUUGAGAUCCUACAGAUGGAUGUCACAGACCAACAGUCUAUGAUUGGCACAAUUGAGAAGAUCAAAGAACAAAGGGUAGACAUUCUUGUGUGUAAUGCUGGUGUUGGUUUGAUGGGUCCUCUGGAAUGCCACACCUAUGACACCAUGAAGAAAAUCUUUGACGUGAACUUGUUUGGGACGAUUGGCACCAUCCAAGCUUUCCUCCCUGGAAUGAAGCAGAGGAGAUCUGGACAUAUCAUCAUUUCCGGCAGUGUAGGAGGCCUGCAAGGUAUCCCAUUUAAUGAUGUGUAUUGUGCCAGUAAGUUUGCUGUUGAAGGAUUCUGUGAGAGUCUGGCUAUUGUUCUACAGCAUUUUAAUGUUCAUGUAAGUCUCAUUGAGUGCGGUCCAGUGAACACCAAUUUUAUGAACAAACUCCAGAAUGGUGAACCCAGUAACAGCCAGCUUCAGAAUGUGGACAGCGACACCCGCUCCCUGUACGCCCAAUACCUACAGCACUGCCAGGCCAUCUUCCAAGAUGUGGCUCAGGACACAGAUGAAAUCUUACAGGUGUUUCUGGAAGCCAUUGAGGCUCAAGUACCAUCACUCCGAUAUUUCACCACACAGUUUUUCAUGCCACUGACAAAGCUGAAGUUAUCAUGUGCAAGCGGAUCAGAGUACAUCCACGCUAUGCACAAGUUUGUGUUUUCUGAAGCAAAGCCAAAGGAGUGA